AAUCUCUAAUCUGUAUGUAAAACAAUGUCUUAAAACUAAUUUUAAAGUCAAUUAGAAUAUUACAUCCCUUGAAGCUCUUCCCUUUAUAGAAAACUUGUAAUGUGUUAGUGAUCAACUCUAAAAAUGGCCGAUCUAAUACGUACCGGUAGCGGACACAACCAAGGCAUACAAAAAGAUAAAUUAGGCUCCCCUAGCACAGGAAGUGAAGACGGGAACGAACAGGACACCCAGGGGGCCAUCAAACCCGAGCAAGAGGAACAAGAUUUAGGUGAUAGUGCUCAUUAUGCUCCCGCAGAAACCCAGUGGUAUCACGGCAGGCUCGAUAGGUACCAAGCUGAAGAAAGGCUCUGGCAAAGUAACAAAUUAGGCUCUUAUUUAGUGAGAGAAAGCGAUAGAAAGCCGGGUAGCUAUGUUUUAUCGUACUUAGGGAGGACUGGGAUGAAUCAUUUUAGGAUUACAGCUGUGUGUGGAGAUUUCUAUAUAGGGGGUAGACAGUUUGUUUCCUUGAAUGAUCUUGUGGGGUACUAUAAGGAAUGUAGUGAUUUAUUGAAGAGGGAGAGACUGGUGCAUCCUGUACCUCCACCUGAACCCGUGAAUGACAAGAAGAGAGUUGUGGCCAUAUUACCCUACACAAAGAUGCCUGAUACAGACGAACUGACAUUCAAAAAGGGUGAUAUUUUCUUCGUUCAUAAUGAUAUGGGAAAUGGUUGGUUGUGGGUCACUGCUCAUCGUACUGGAGAACAAGGCAUGAUAUUUAGAGAGCUUGUAGAAGAUUUAGAUGAUAGUAUAGAUCCUAAUACAGUGUUUCCUUGGUUUCAUCCCAACUGCACAAAAAAUGAAGCUGUGGAUUUAUUAGUUAAGGCUGGACCUGGAAGUUUCUUAGUGAGACCUAGUGAUAAUUCGCCUGGGGACUAUUCCCUAUUCUUCCAUAUCAACAAUCAAAUUCAGCGUUUUAGGAUCGAGAAGAAGGGCGUACGGUACCUGAUGGGUGGUAGAAUAUUUGAAUGUUUAGAUGCUGUUAUCAAUAGGUAUAGAAAGGAACAGAUCGUUGAAGGAUAUACUCUUCAACACCCGCUUGUAGUUGAUGGUUCCAAGCAACUCGAUUGGGUACCGGAGAACCAAAAAGCCAAAUCGGAAGCGGAAAAAAUCUACGCGACUCUGCGAGAAUGCCGCGACCAAGCCGGCUUGAAGAAGAUGCGCGGCAUCAAGCACCAAGGAUAUCUGCACAGAAAAUCAGAUAAGGCGGCCAAAAAGUGGAAACUGUUGUACUUCGUACUUUUGGUCGACGGCACUGAUACGCAUCUGUACCUUUACGAAAAUCCCAAAAGGACCAAGCCCAAGGGAUUGAUAGAUUUGUCGUGUGCGUAUUUAUAUCAGGUCCACGACAGUCUAUGGGAACGCUCCCACUGCCUCCAACUAGUCGAAAGAGCUCUUCCAUGCCUAGCUACCGUUACACAUCUCGCUGCCAGAUCUACAGAAGACUGUCAAGAAUGGGUGAACGCCCUGAAACCCUUGUGCGUGCCUCAACUGAGCAAAGCCACCUCCAAAGUGCCAAGAUUGAGGGAACUGCGUUGUUUAACCUUACACAUCAUCGACGCACAUCGAUUACCAUAUAAACUAGUGCCACAACCUUAUGUUACCAUUCAACUCAACAAUCAGGUCAGAGUUGCGAGGACCAGGACCAAGUCGGGUCCCGAUCCGGUAUGGGAUGAGGAAUUCGUCUUCGACGACGUGCCAUGUGAUAUUGUGUCAUUCACCCUAACUGUUCAUAAUAAAGGAAAGAGAGGGAAAGAACAGGAAGUAGCCGAACUUCACGUAGAACUAUCGUCCUUAGGUAAUGGAGAGGAGAGAGAAGAGUGGUACACCUUGUCGGGAUUAACGCCGAUGGGUGAAUGGGGCUCUCUAAGACUUAAAACAAGGUAUCUGCAUGAUUUAGUUAUGCCAGGUGAAGAAUACAGUCCGCUACAACAGUUGUUGCUUGAACCUGGCUUGGUAUCUGUUAAAACUUUAGCAGAAAUUUGUCAUUCCGAUAGAGCUCCGUUAGCUACGGCUCUAUUACGGGUUUUUAGAGCGGAAGGAAGGGAAACUGAACUGUUACGUGAACUCAAUACUGCAGAGAUUCUGAGGGAAACAGAAACGUCAACUUUGUUCAGAGCAGCUUCCUUAGCAACAACACUAAUGGAUCUGUAUAUGAAAGCAGAGUGUGGGGGUUUCCUACAGGCAGCUGUGCUGGAAACAGUUUUGAGAUUACUAGAGAGCAAACAAAGCGCCGAGUUAAAUCCGGCCAAAAUGGAUUCCUUGGAUGAUGCUUGUAACAACGCUGAAUUCUUAUUACAGAUUUUGGAUCAGGUAACACUCAGCAUAUUCAUGUCUCCAGAUGCCUGUCCUAGAUCCGUACGGUAUAUCUGUGGCUGCUUACAAAAGGCAGUCGUCUCAAAAUGGGCGGACGAACGGUUCGUCCGUACUCGCGUAGUUUCAGGUUUCAUCUUCCUAAGACUUCUAUGUCCAGCUCUCUUGAAUCCUCGACAAUUCGGCCUCGUCAGUGAACAACCAACCCCAGCAGCUACGAGAAGUUUAGUAAUGGUAGCUAAAUGUCUUCAAAAUCUCGCCAACUUGGUCGAAUUCGGCGGGAAGGAGCCCUACAUGGAAGUCGUCAAUCCGUUUAUACUCAAAAACAAAGAACGGAUGGUGGUCUUCCUCGACCAACUCUCCAUGGUCGGAGACCCCGGUGAACCUCGCGUCACCAACGUCCCCGACAGUGCCAAAGAACUAGCAACGCUACAUCACAUCUGCGUCGCCCAUCUCACCGAACUGCAGGCGGUUGCCAAACUCAACUCAAACAUCAAAACUUUGGUUACAGUUACUGAAAUGUUGGCCAAACACAAGCAGAAAUACUUGGAGAUGAUCAGAUAGUAGGAUGAAGGAGAACUGUUUUACUGAUUGUAGAGCAAGAGGUGGCAACGAUCAAAUAGAUUGUUUAACAAGAUAUUUAUUAGCUUUUCGUGCUUAACAAAUUAUUUAAAAGUCAGAAGUUACAGUUUUAUAAUUAUCUUAACCAGUCUUUCUUAUUGGUCUUCUACGUAAAAUAUUUUCUUAGAAAAUGUCGAGAGAAGUACGUUAUAGUCACUUUAUUUACAAAUAGCUAACAGUAAGCUUACCAAAACUUGCAAAUAUUAGAAACUAUCCGCAUUUAUUGAACUGGAAAUAUUGUUUCAUCUUCAUUCACUAAUUUAUAACAAAAACAAGGAAAAACGUAAAAAAAUUAAAUAAACUCAAUCCGAAUCCAGAAGAAUCGUUGAAAAUAACUUGAAAGAUUGAGCCCACCUCUAACAUUUUACUUAUUACAUAGAGGAUCACAGUCGUUUCCGCCUCUUUUUCUACUCAAAGAGCCAAGUCAAUGUUUUUAUUUUAUUUUCUAGUUCUAUUUUUAGGUUUAUAUUUUUUGUACAGGGUUUUCUAUUCGAGUGUUAAUUUAGAAUUAGAACAGUUUUAUACCUAACCUAUUGAUUUUUCUGAUCUCCUCGAUGUAUGAGCGGGGGCAGUCGUUUUGUAUGUGCAAAAGACAAUAAUCGUCUGAAAGUUUGGUCAAAUGAACUUUUUUUUAAAACUUUCUUGGUAAUUUUUUAUUAAUUAAGACAUUAGUAUCAAAAAAGUCAUAACACAAUCUCAUAAGUGGAUUUAUUACAGUAAUGAAUUAUUUAUCGUUGUCAUUAAUACUUAUAUGAGGCAAAAACUUCGUUUCAUAAAGAAUACUUAUCACAAAACAAUUAGGACAUUUCAAUACAGAUUAUCCAUUUUGAUUUCCACUAUAGAUCGGCUAAUACAGAGUA